AUGGCCUCUGACGGCGACCGGAGCGAGGAGCAGCAGCCGCUGCUUCACCCCAGCAACCCCUCCCCCUCCUCCAUCAUCCCCGACCUGCCGCCCUCACCCCGUCGCCGCCGCCCGCCGCUCAUCGUCUCCUCGCUGCUCAUCCUGCUCGCCUCCAGCCUGAGCUCCAUCCUCGUGGACACGGCCGGCAACCAGCUCGUCGAGGGCGCCGCGUGCCUGCAGCUGCACCCCGGAUCCGUGACGGACCCCUACGCGGACCCGGUCUGCAAGGCGCUGGACGUGCAGGACCGGCUGGCGCUGAUCGCGGGGUGGGAGUACUCGUGGUCGCUGGCGCCGGGAUUGCUGCUGGCGAUUCCCUACGGCGUCUUCAUGGACAGGUACGGCCCGCGGGCGAUGAUGAUCCUGGUGGCGCUGGGGGGCGUCAUCACCCAGACGCUGUACCUGGUCGUCAUGUUUGACCUGCGUUGGGUCUGGGGCUGUGUCUUUCUCGGCUCGGUGGUCGGUGGUGGGAAUAUCGGCUGGCAAGCCGUCCUCUACACCGUCAGCAACAUGAUUGCCACCAAGAACAAUAGAGCCGAAAUCUUCUUCUACAUGACCUCCAUCACCACCUUCAGCUUGCUUCUCGGCGGCUUCCUCGUCUACUGGGCCAUGAGCAUCGGUCCCGUCUUCGCGCAGUCUCUCGGCUGCGUCAUAUUCUCCGCGGAGCUUGCCUUGGCGUUCACCCUGCCGCGCGGCCUGGCCUCGGGCGUGCCCGUGAAGCCGGCCGAUAGCGAGGCGUCCGCAUGGCAAGCCAUCGUCGGCGGCCUUGGCGGCACCAGGGAGGGCGUCAUGGGCUUUGGCAAGCUGUUCAGCCAGAACCGCCAGCUCGGGCUUUUACUCGUCAGCCUCGUGAUUUCCACCAUUGGCAUCAGGCAGUCGGGCAUUCGGCAGCAAUAUGCGACGCACAGGUAUGGCUGGUCUUGGGCCAAGGCUGGCUUGAUGGUCUCCGUCACUUCCACCACCACGCUCAUCGUCAUGGUCCUUCUCGUCCCCCUUGCCAGCCGGAAACUGCUCAAAACGCGCUCCGCCAUGGGCAAGGAUCUCGUCAUCGCCCGGGCCGGCAUCCUCUCACUCGCCCUGGGUAGCCUCUUCGUGGGCCUGGCACGGACGUCCGGGCAAUUCAUCGCCGCGCUCGUCUUCUACAUGACGGAGAGCUGCUACAUGCCCGCCAUCAUCAGCACCAUCGCCGCCAUGGCGGGCGUCGACAGCAUCCAGUCGGACCGGACCGGCUCCCUCUACAUGGCGGUCGUCUUUAUGAACAACCUAGGCGCCAUAGUCGCCGGUCCGAUCAUCUCGUCGCUCCUCCGCGUCGGCAUGAGCCUUGGCGGGGACUGGGUCGGCCUGCCGUUCUUUUUCGAGGCGGCGAUCCAGAUCAUCACCAUUUGCAUCGUCUUUAGUAUAAGAGAGAGCCGUUAUAGGCACUUUCAAGAGCAGCAACAAGGCGAGGAGGAGCCGGCCUCUACUCAGCCAACCCUUGCGAAUGGCACCACUUAG